UCCAUAUUCACAGUUUAGCUCAUACGCUGUCGCGGAUUCCUGGGUUUUGCGUGCGACCAACAUCAGCACUGACAUGCCAAUAAACAAGGUGUAUCCAAAUCGCGAUGCGAAGGAAUAUGAUACAUCGUUCGCUGUCUCAUCCGAGAGAUUUAUAAACGUAUGUCGCUAUACCGAGGUUAUAUUCUGAGUCACAUAUGACAUAAUGUCGAAAAAUAAGAAAAUAGAUUAUUUUGAUAACAAUAACGAUCAGGAAGACAUUCAGUGGUUUGAAAAUUACGAAAAAAAGGGCACCAAACAUCUUGAGAGGCUGAAAAAUGAAGAUAUAUUAAAUUACAUUAAGGACGUUGAACAAAAUUGUCGCCUUGAGAUAAGUAGUGGUGACGAGGAUUAUGCCGGUACAAAAAAGUCCAGCAAUUGCAGCGUAAGGUGUUCAGGUACACGAUUUAAAUCAUUAAAAAAAGUCAAAUCUAGAGUAACAAGAAAAAAUAAAAAUAUAACUUUAAAAAGGAAGACAAAACGAUCGUCCGAUCAUAAUACCACGCGUGCUUGCAAUUAUUGCUGUUCGGCGGGAGAAUUUCAUUUUCACAGCAAUCCUGAUUUUACUGUUGAAGAAAAUUCAAGAAGAAACCUAAAUACUUUCACUAAAUCUGCCUAUCAACAUCCAAAUUUAUCAAAAAAUUCCUACAAGCAUCAAGCAACUUUACCUACAUUCCACGGUUGGUAUUCCAGAGAGAAUCGUAAAGGGUGGCCAAAAAUGGCCAGCCUCGAAGUCAUCAAAAACCGAUCUCAGAACGCUAUUCACAAUUCCAGAAAUAACAAAUCAAAAAUUACCGAUAGAAAAUCUGCAAACGUUCAUACGUUUAAAUCAUUGCGCAGGGAAAAACUUGACGACUCAACUUACAAAAGUUAUCCAAGUAUUACAUCUAAUGAGAAAACAACAGAAAGAAAUUCUCGUUAUAGUGACCGCAAACAGGAAAGAGAAAUACGGAUAAAGAAAUUAAAUAAAGAAAGUGACAUCAGCGACUUUGAUGGAGACUAUGAUAGAUAUUAUACUUCAAAGUAUCCUGUAAGGAGACCCAGACAACCGACUACUUGGGAUUUGAGUUCGCGAUCCAACAGGUUGACGGAAUUAGCGAGACUGCCCGAAAGGAGCUCGUUACUGCAAAGGCAAACUUCGCAAUGGGUGAAUAAAAUGGGGCCUCCUCUGAAAGCGUUUAACUCCAUUAUAGGAGCAUCAAUCGAUAGGAGUUACCACCGAGAGAUGAAACAUAAGAACAACAUGAAUCAACAGCGACGAAAUCCAAAUGUUUUAGGGGAAAGAGAGCCGUCGUGUUAUUGCAGGCCCGGCCUGUUAAAGGAAUCUGGAAAACUGUGCCAAGUGGUACGCACCGAUGAAGAUAAACAAUGGCUCGACUAUUCUUGCGAAAAUGCCGAGCAGGAUGAGACGAUGGGUUACUUGAGAUGUUGCUCAGAAAAUGUAAACGAUUUCAUUCGACCACAAUAUGAAAGUCGACCGAGUACAAUGAAUAAACGAGCUAAUUACACAACACUUCGCAGAACAUUAUCCGAAUCAGUACAGUCACAAUAUAACGAUGAAGGAGAAUCCGAGUUCAACUUAUCGAUGGCAGAAGAUUCACAGAUUGAGGAGUAUGAUAAUAAUGCAUUUGACGUCUUCGACGAUGCGAGAAAUAUUUACGACGAUGCGAUCGACGUGAAAUAUUUAAAGCCGCGCGUAUCAUUUCCGGGCGAUCCGGCGCUCCGUGACUCGAAUGAAGUGGCUCGGGAGUAUAAGAAAUCGAACAAUGAUUUAAAGCGUAACCAGGGAAAAUCGAUGGCAACGCGAACGACGUUACAAAACAAGAUUACCACGCGAUAUCCUAAGAAUAAGAAAUCCUCUUUUGCGACAAGAAAACCUGUGUCGGGGGAUUCUCCAGAAUUAAGAUACGAUGCAGCAGAAUCCACAUGCGAAUGUAAGGAGCCUUUCCACGAUUCUCCGGCGUGUUUAACUGGUUCUUACACCUGCAUCGGAAAUGACGAGAAUGCAAAAAGAAACGACAGUGAUUCAUCGCGCAGGAUAUCUCAUACGGUCUACAACUGUUGUUGCUCCUGCUCGUCAUCUACCUCUCACGACGAAAAGGAUCCUGUAAAGAAACUCGAGUCUUUCUGCGAGAGAGUAAAAGCAGUAAAUCAAGACAUAUUCCAUAAAUCAUCGAAAUCCACUUGUCGCAAACUAACCAGGACCAAUGCGCAAGAAUACGUUCACAGUGAUAGCGACGAGCAAAAUCAAUCCGAGUUCAGCACCCAGAGAGUCAAUCAAAGAGCAAGAUCUACCGAAGGAGAACAGUUAGCGAAUCAUGCUUGUUUGAGGCUUAAAAAGCACAGUCACGACGGAGACAAUCUGGACAAGAUUUUUAUUUAUCCGCCGCGAGGAGAAAACGGUCCGCCUUUGACGCUCUACAAAAGAUCGUCGAAUAUUAGCUGUCGUGUGAAGGGCGAUGCCGAUACGGGAUUUCGCUAUAGCGUAACGUAUGUGCAAAAAUUUGUAAGCCCAUCGUGGAUGCCAAGUUUGACGCCGGAGGAUCCUUCAUGGGAAAUCGAUGAAGGAUAUAGUUGUUCUGCCGAUUACGGCUGAAUCAGCGGUGGGUUCAAUCAAUUUCAUCCAUUCGAAGAUGAAUUUGCUCCGGUUGCAAUCACACGGAGCAAUUGCGUUAAUGGAGAUAGUAUGGAUACACUUUCGUGCCAUUCGUAAAUCUCAUUUUACCUACUCAGACAGCUGUAUGCAUAAAUUGAAUCGGUCGAUGUAAAACAGCUUAACUUAUAAGAGAAAAUUAUUUUAAAGGAUAAAUUAUACGCUUCACACAAUUCUUUAUUUUAAAAAAUCUAAUGCUAAAUUACUAGUAAAU